AACCCAAGGUAUGUCUCCUCGCGACUAACCCCUCUCGAAUCCCAGCCAACUAGCGCCCAAUCCACGGAGAAUUGGGUUGAUCCUUGUGCUGUGUUUGUUCCCGUUCUCGGAUCCUGGACCAGGAUCCGACCAAGAGCCCAGAUCUGCUGGUUGUUCGUCGCCAGCAUGGAUCUGGCGAAGGAUGGCGCCGAGAUGGAGGAGGGGACAUUGGAGAUCGGCAUGGAGUAUAGGACUGUCUCCGGUGUGGCAGGGCCGUUGGUUAUUUUGGACAAAGUAAAGGGCCCAAAGUAUCAGGAGAUUGUGAACAUCCGAUUGGGAGAUGGCACCACUCGUCGUGGUCAAGUCCUCGAAGUUGAUGGUGAAAAAGCUGUUGUGCAGGUCUUUGAAGGUACUUCCGGGAUAGACAACAAGUAUACUACUGUGCAGUUUACAGGCGAGGUUUUGAAAACUCCUGUCUCACUUGAUAUGCUUGGCCGCAUUUUUAAUGGUUCUGGAAAACCUAUUGAUAAUGGUCCCCCUAUAUUGCCCGAGGCUUAUUUGGAUAUUUCUGGAAGUUCUAUCAACCCAAGUGAGAGAACCUAUCCAGAAGAGAUGAUUCAAACAGGAAUAUCCACCAUUGAUGUCAUGAACUCGAUUGCUCGAGGGCAAAAAAUUCCUCUUUUCUCUGCUGCUGGACUCCCUCAUAAUGAAAUUGCUGCUCAAAUUUGUCGUCAAGCUGGUCUUGUUAAAAGGUUGGAGCAAAGCAAGCACGCAGCAGAGGGCGGUGAAGAAGACAAUUUUGCAAUUGUGUUUGCUGCUAUGGGAGUAAACAUGGAAACGGCACAAUUUUUCAAGCGUGACUUCGAAGAAAAUGGUUCGAUGGAGCGGGUCACCCUUUUCCUGAAUUUGGCAAAUGACCCCACUAUUGAGCGUAUUAUCACUCCUCGAAUUGCCCUAACAACUGCUGAAUAUUUGGCAUAUGAAUGUGGGAAGCAUGUUCUUGUCAUUCUGACAGAUAUGAGCUCAUACGCCGAUGCACUUCGCGAGGUCUCCGCAGCACGAGAAGAGGUGCCUGGUAGGCGUGGUUAUCCUGGGUAUAUGUAUACUGAUCUGGCCACCAUAUAUGAGCGAGCUGGACGUAUCGAGGGAAGAAAGGGGUCAAUUACCCAAAUUCCUAUCCUUACAAUGCCUAAUGAUGAUAUCACUCAUCCAACUCCUGAUCUUACGGGAUACAUUACCGAAGGUCAGAUAUAUAUUGACAGACAGCUUCAUAAUAGACAGAUAUACCCACCCAUCAACGUCCUGCCAUCUCUUUCUCGUCUGAUGAAGAGUGCUAUUGGUGAAGGUAUGACACGCCGGGAUCAUUCAGAUGUGUCCAAUCAGCUGUAUGCCAACUACGCCAUUGGGAAGGAUGUUCAAGCCAUGAAAGCAGUUGUAGGAGAGGAGGCUCUUUCAUCCGAGGACCUGCUCUAUUUAGAAUUCCUGGACAAGUUCGAGAGGAAAUUUGUAGCACAAGGAGCAUAUGAUACUCGGAACAUUUUUCAGUCACUUGAUCUGGCAUGGACUUUGCUACGUAUAUUCCCCCGUGAACUUCUGCACCGUAUUCCUGCGAAGACCUUGGAUCAAUUCUACAGCAGAGAUGCCACCCAUUGAUCCUUUUUGUUCAUAAAAAAAUAAUUUUUUCAUUAAGAGCAGCUUGAAUAAGAGAGAAAUCCAAAGUUGUACUAUCAUUUUGCUACGCUAUAUAGUCAAAUCCUAUUCUUUCAGUCUGUAUGCACAAGUUGUACCCCACAUGUCUUGUGCACCUGGCAGCUUUGUAAUUUCCAUGUAGCCUCGAGUCACAAGCUAGACCAUUUUCUGGUUUUCAUUUCCCUGUAUUGUGCAGCAAAACUGAAAAGCCGUUUAGGCGUACAUGCGGAAGAUGUUGGUUAUAUGUUUUUGGACUUGUGGAAAAUGUAAAGAAUAUUAUUUUGUUCCUA